AUGCCGACUAUCAUGGAAAAGCUCUUCUCUCUAGAGGGCCGCACGGCCGUAGUGACGGGAGGCACACGGGGAAUUGGCCAGGCCAUGGCAGUGUCCCUUGCAGAAGCCGGUUCAGAUAUCAUCCUCAUCCAAGCCUUGGGCAAAAUAGCUAUCAUCUACACAGCAGACCUUUCAAAUCAAGAGGAAGUGGAAAGCUUGUCUAAGCGCAUUUUAGCCGAUGGCCACGAUGUCAGCAUUUUAGUCACCUGUGCCGGCAUUCAACGCAGACAUCCCGCACACAAGUUCCCCAUGAGCGACUGGGACGAGGUCCUCCAAGUCAAUCUCAAGACAGUCUGGACUCUUUGCCGAGACUUUGGCGCUUACAUGCUCACGCGCAGCCCGAACUCGGUAAACGGUCACCGCGGUAGUAUCGUCAACGUGGCUUCGCUCGUCAGCUUCCAGGGAGGCAUCACGGUGCCGGCCUAUGCAGCGGCCAAGGGCGGCAUAGCACAGCUGACCAAGGCCCUGAGCAACGAGUGGGCGAGUCAGGGUGUCAACGUGAAUGCCAUUGCACCUGGAUAUGUUGCAACGGAUAUGAAUGAGGCGCUGAUCAACAACCCGGAAAGGGCAGCGAGUAUUCUGGCCAGGAUCCCCGCGGGGAGAUGGGGCACCCCGGAUGACUUCAAGGGUGCCACGGUGUUUCUCGCGGGGGCGGGGAGUUUGUACGUUUCGGGAGAGCUGCUGACUGUUGAUGGGGGCUGGAUGGGCCGAUGA